GUCCCCACUAAGUGGAGCCAGCAGGCCAAACAAGGAGAUAUAAUGAACCCCCCAACACACCCCGAAAACAAGGAUGAGCAUCCCCACGCUAGCCCACGCUACGGGGCCUACCGCAUCCCUCCCCUACGAAAAAACCCGGCGGCUCGCUCGGAGAAAUCCAUACAUAUUACACUACACACACAUAUGCACAAAUGACAGCGGCACAGAGUGGGAUGCGCACCACCCUAAUGACAAUCAACAACAUGCAUCACGACAAGCCAGAGGAGAGGAGAGGAGAGAAGAGAAGAGACGAAAUGAGGGGAAGAACACGCUAGAACCAUUCUAUUAUGUACACGGUACAUUAGGAGAUGAGGAGAUCGGUCAUGUGUUACGUAUACUUCGUGGAGUGCAUAUAUGUGGUGUAAUAUGGUAUGGUAUGGUAUGCCAUGGUGUGGAGUUGAUCAUGUAGAUGGAGUGGUGCUGAUGAUGUGUUGGGUAUGGUAUGGUAUGGUAUGGUGUGAUCUGGCGGGGUAUACUAUACUAUACUAUACUAUACAAUACAAUGCAGGAAAAAACAGUUCGGGA